UCAAUACAAAAGAAACCCUAGAGAGUCAAUAACACAAAAUCCCCCUAACCUCUCCGUGUCUCUGUAGCACUAAAAUCCACGGCGGAAUCCAUUAAUCCAACGCCACCGCACCAAGCGAUCGACAACCAAAUCCAAGCCUCCUCCACCUAUCUCAACAAGGAAGGUACUCAGAUGGAGGAAUCAAAAGAAAGGAGAGAAAGAUUGAGAGUGAUGCGUGCCAAAGCUGAUCAGGCUGAGAAUUCUACGAACAAUGAAACGACUCCUGCAAUGCCUUUUUCUCACCUCUCCAAUCCAUUGGUCGACACCUCUGCAGCUACACCUUCGCAGGAAGCAUCAAGGUUUGAUUUUUAUACAAAUCCCAUGGCACCAUUUUCUGCCAACAAGAAAAGGAAUACAGCAACUCACCAUAUUCCCUCACAUCAUUAUGCGUAUCCUGUUCCAGGACCCACUUCUGAAAUGACUCAGGUAGCUCCUCAGUUUCAGAGCAAUUACUAUCCUUACCAAGGAAAUUUAGGUCCCCCAAAUGUGCCCGGUAGUACGAUGGCUACUCAACCAAGAGGGCAUAAUUUUCUUAGUCCUGGAUUUCGUCCAAUGGGUAUGGAUAGUCCUUCUAAUGCAGGAAGAGGUGGGAAUCGGUGGCAUGGUAGCAGCCUGAGUCCUGGCUCAGGCCGAAGAGGUGGACGACGAGGGAUGGGUGGUCGUAGUUCCUCUACAAUGGACAGACAAUUGGGGCCUGAGAGGUUUUAUGAUUACUCCAUGAUUGAAGAUCCAUGGAAGUUUUUGACACCUGUUAGUUGGAAGGAGGUGGAUGCUCCAUUGAGUAGGUUGUACACUUCUGAAGCCUCAAGACCCUCCUUUGACAUGCACAAAACUAAAGCUGAACAUACUUCAAACAGUUUAAAUCCUCAGCCAAGCCUGGCAGAGUACUUGGCUGCCUCUUUCAGCGAAGCCGUCAACGAUGCACCAAGCCCAUGACAGGAUGUGGUUCUUGAAUAUUGAACUGUGCUAAGCAGUUUGUGGUUCAUGUGCCAUUGUUGAGCCAACCUCUAUUUCAAGACUCGUUUCUUCCAGCUGAAGAUGAAUGCCUAACUAUUUCCUGCCAGAAGAAGCAUUUAUUGGUGCUUAUGUUUCAUACAUACUGGACUGGUAUUUAUCCACUAACCGCAGUCACUUAUGAUAUGUACAUACUUCUGUAACAUCCCCUCACCUAUAUAAUUUUUUUUAUAUAUAUAUAUAUAUUAACACACAUUUAUCCCAUCAACUUGUUCUCAUCAACGUAUUCAUAUUAUCUUCUGGUGUUUAUUUGUUGGCUUUGUCAGCCAGACAAGUAGGAGUCAAUGUUUUUUCCACUGCUGAAACUUUGAAUGCAUGGUGAGUUGGAAGUCAAAACCAUGUGAUCAAGAAAGUUGUCCCCAAGAAUGAUACAAAUGAAUUUUAUUAGAAAUUUUCUUUCAUGAAUUUUAUGUGAUCAUUGGAACCUUUUUUCUUUAGAAUCUGAAAUAGAUUUACUGUCCA